AUGCUUCUCACAUGUCCGGACCACCAGCAUCAGCAUCUCACCAAUCACUUCACCCAAAGCACCACCAGCAUCAACAUCUCACCAACAUUGAACUCACCAGACCACAUCGCCAUCCUGAAGAGGAUCCCGAGUUUCUCCAUCAUCGACCAGCGGUCUCACCCGUCUCACGCAGAAGGAGCGCCCGUGAUGCGCUGGAUCAAGCGCCAUCCCACAAACGGCAUUCGCAAGGCCCGCGCCAACACAGGCGUGCCGAAAAUCAAAGCGCGCAAUUUAAAGCCUGCCCUGUGA